CCCAGGGUUGAUAUUAUUGUAUUAGUAGUUUUCCCUUGUCAUUUUAGUCUAAAAAUUUUGUUUCAAACGAUGGACGCGAAAGAACAAAAGAAUGUAUCUAAAGAAAAACAAGUAAAUAGUAGUCCUACUAUUAAGUAUUUUCCCAUUCUUUUAUGUGAUGUUAAAAGGUUGAAUUUAUCAGAGAACGCACAAUGCGUAUAUACCGCAUUCGAUGGAACAGUAAAAUUUAAAUUUUGUAUUGUUUACGCUAGAAUUUUACGAUCCUAUACACCAAAUAAGUUAUGCGACAACUACCUGAUCGAUGAUGGCACGGCGGUGAUUAGAUUAGGUAUUGUUCGACGCAAAGAGGCUGUGGAAGCAACGUCCAACAUGAAGAAUGAAUUACAAGCGUUGAAAGAAUCCACAACAUCGGAGAUUACUCCAAAUAUAGCUGAGUCACUUGAAAGAAUACUUGACAAAACAAUACAAUUACUUGAUACAUCACAAUAUCAAUUGGGCACAAAGCUUAUUAUAUGUGGGACACCGCAAAUGUACCGUGGAAAUAUCGAACUAAAAGCACAUACGGUUCAUGAGGAUGUGGGUUUAUCUCGAAAUUUAGAAAUCGCCUUUAAAGAUCAUCUAAUUGAAUGGUAUAACAAGACAAAAUUGAAACAAAAACCAACAACUUAAAAUAAAUAAAUCAUAUUUAUUGUUU